CACCGUUUUUUUCGUAAAGUCCUGACCUUUCUCUUUUCCACAGAGACCUCACUCACACCGGCGCCGACGCCGCCGUGCCUCGUUAUCCGACCCUCUCUCUCUCUACUGUAUGUUCGCUCAACUUCUCUUCAGAAGAACGAGAUUCCCAGCACGCUCUUUCCACGUGGCCAAGAAGUUCUCAAACCCUCACCCAGAAGAAGACAUUCUCUUCACCGCUCUCUGUUCGAACCUAAGGCAAAGAAGAUGGAACGCUCUCCACAAACUCUCCCCAUCUCUCACGAACCCGCUCGUGAGCAGAGUCCUCCUCCAGUUCCGAACCUCCCCGAAGCUAGCUCUGGAGUUCCACAACUGGGUGGUGGUCCUGGGGAAUAACAACAACAACAACAACAACACCUCCGAAGCGUCUUUCGUGAUGGUUCAUCUCCUGGUCGAGUCCAGAAGGUACGACGAUGCGUUGUCGAUAAUGGUGAGUCUCAUGUCUGUGGAAGGAAGGUUAAAGUUGAGUCCUUUAGAUGUUUUGUCUGGUUUGGUUCGGAGUUACGAAGCUUGCGGUUCGAGUCCCGACGUGUUUGACUCGUUGGUCAGAGCUUGUACGCAGAGCGGUGACGCUGAAGGAGCUCGCGAAGUGAUUGAGCGGGCGAGAGCAGAGGGGUUUAAGGUCUCUGUCCACGCGUUGAACAACUUCAUGGGGUGUUUGCUGAGUCUGAACGAGAUUGAUCGGUUCUGGGAGGUAUACAAGGAGAUGGAUGGGUUGGGAUACGUUGAGAAUGUCAACACUUUUAAUCUGGUUAUAUACUCGUUUUGUAAGGAGAGUCGCUUGCUCGAAGCGUUGUCGGUGUUUUACAGGAUGUUGAAACGUGGGGUUUGGCCUAACGUUGUUAGCUUUAACAUGAUGAUCGAUGGGGCUUGUAAGGUGGGAGAUAUGGGGUUGGCGUUGGAGGUUUUAGGGAAGAUGAGAGUGAUGUCUGGUGGGGGCUUUGUGUCGCCUAACGCUGUGACGUAUAACUCUGUUGUCAACGGGUUUUGCAAGGCCGGGAGGUUGGAUUUGGCGGAAGGGAUACGCGGUGAGAUGGUUAAGUCGGGUGUUGGUUGCGAUGAGAGAACGUACGGAGCUUUGGUUGAUGCGUAUGGGAGAGGUGGAAGAUCGGAUGAGGCUUUGAGGUUGUGUGAUGAGAUGACGAGUGAAGGACUUGUUGUGGCGAAUAAUGUUGUGUGUAACUCUGUUGUUUACUGGCUGUUUAUGGAAGGUGACGUGGAAGGAGCUGUGUCGGUGUUGAGUGAUAUGAUCAGUAAAGAGAUGGAGAUUGACAGGUUUACUCACGCUAUUGUUGUAAGAGGUUUACUCAGAAACGGAUAUGUAGAGGAAGCUGUUAAGUUCCAGAGAGGAGGGAUUAAACUUGCGGAAGAUGUGGUUUGUUACAACACGCUCAUGCACCAUUUCGUAACGGAGAAGAAGAUGGCUUGUGGUGAGCAGAUUCUAGGGAGGAUGCUGGUUCGUGGUUUGAGUGUUGAUGCGAUUACCUUUGGUACUUUGAUCGAUGGAUACUUAAAGGAAGGGGAGGUGGAGAAAGCUAUGGAUGUAUACGAUGGUAUGGUCAAGAUGAAGAAGAUGCCGAAUCUCGUGAUAUACAAUUCGAUUGUGAACGGAUUAAGCAAGCGAGGAAUGAGCGGCGCGGCUGAAGGAGUGGUGAGCGCUAUGGAAAGGAAGGACGCUGUGACUUACAACACGCUGCUGAACGAGUCUCUCAGAGUUGGGGAUGUGGAAGAAGCUGUGAGGGUCUUAUCUGAAAUGGAGAAGAAAGCUAAGGAGGGUGAGAAACUGGUCAUAAGCGUGGUGACAUACAACAUCUUGAUCAAUCAUUUGUGCAAGUUUGGUUGCUACGAGAAAGCUAAGGAGGUUUUGAAGAUGAUGGUUGAGAGAGGUGUUGUUCCUGAUUCCAUAACGUAUGGAACUCUGAUUACAUCGUUUAGUAAAAAUAAUCGCGGUCGAGAUGAGGUUGUUGAGGUACAUGAUUACAUGGUUCUUAAUGGAGUUAGACCUCAUGAACAGAUUUACAAAUCUAUUGUUAGUCCUCUUCUAAAAGUGCCAUCAUAGUUUAAAGCCACAGAAUGGUUUCGUCAGAAGGUUGUCUGACACGUGGCGAUUAUGCAACGGCCAAGCUAUAUCUUUGUCACGAGCUAUACAGAAGGAAGAAGAAGAAAAUCACAUUUCACUAAACGACGGUUACGUUGUUGGAAUUUUCUCUAUAAGUUAAAAGUGAUGGCUGCGACUAAUAUUGUAAAGAAAUAAUUACAUUGUAAAUCUUCCAUUGUCGUUAUAUCUCUAGCAUGAUAUGUUUAAAACGUUUUUUAUUUUCA